UUGUUGUUUAGUUCUUAUCCGUGGCUCACAGCGUUUGGUUUGUCGUGCGGUUGCUGCUACGUGGCGUGUUUGGCCGUAUAUAUAUCUGUGCCACUGCUGGCGCUUGCCACUCUGCAGGCAUUGCGAUUCACUAGAUGCUGUAGUGUGCUUUUGAAUUUUGUUGUGGCCCCAGCCAACUUGCAAUUUAUGUGGCUAAUUAGAGGAAAAGAAGGCGGCGUCGGCGGACCAUUUGUGCGUGACUCUCGAUUGCCGUAAGUGCUGCGCAUCCUUUACGUUUCGUGUGCCGCGUCCCUACCGCCCACCACAAAAAAAAAAAAAAUACAAAAAAAAAAAAAGAAUUAACACAACGUGCCGGAAGAAUAAUAAUACACUCAAGUUAUCAAAACACUUGAAGAGAACUGGUAGAAGUGGAGACCCAAAAAUCUGCAGUGCAAAAAAAAGCGAAAGCGGGAAUUGAAAUUGAAAUUUAGGGCAAAAGCGGAUUACGAGCAGCAAUAACAGCCGAAAGCGGAAAAUUGAAAAUGAAAACGAAUCUCCAAGUGCGGGAAAACAAACAGCAGGAAAACUGAAAAGUGAGUUGCGGAAUAUUCGGAAAAGUGCGUAGACCAGAUAGAAAGACACCCAAGUAAAUCAUUAAAUCAUAUGGAAAUGUGAACGCGUCACGCUGCCUCAUUAACGAUUACCCAUUUUCCAUUUCCCAUUUCCCGAAGCAACCAACCAAACAACACAAACAACACCGCACUCCAGUUGCGUGCGGAUCAUCAAUUAAUUCCAGUCAGUUUUCGCACUUUAAGCGCCAAAAAAAGCAGCAAUAAAAAGGAGUAUUCCACACAAAGGGAGCGCACAAAUUAAUGACACAAUAACACACUGCGGUUUCAUUUGUAGUGGUCAGUAUCUCAGCUUUGUGUGUGUGUGUGUGUGCGGUGUGUGUUUUCCAGAGUGGGCGCAACAGUUCAUCUGCCAUACAGUACACCCCCUCUGGUUUUGAUUCCGAUUCCCAUCCGAUCCGAUCCGAUCGGUCGUGUGGCAUAUAAUUUAUCACAAUUGUCAUCGUCUGGCGGGGCAAAGUGAAAGUGCAACGCAGCAUCCGCAAGAUACAAGAUAGAAAGAUAGAAAGAUACAAAUUGUUUAUGCAGACAUCUUUGCAAAUACGGGUCAGUGCAUUGGAACAAUAGCUGCGAGCAGCAAAAGUUUUCCUCUCUAUCUGUUGGCCAAGCAAAAACAUAAAUUAAACUUGCCAGCUGGAAGGCCUUGAAAGUUCCUCCGUCUUUUGGAUUAGCUAGCCAGGGCAAACCAAAGAGCACCCGGGGAUUCCCGACCCCAACAAUCCACCAAAAAAUACGGAACGGAAUGUCCAUAAAAGGGCGAAUGAACAUGUAAAAGCACAUUAAGCGAUGCUAUGGACUUGAUCUGACUCACAUGGACAUGCAUUCGUAAAUGUCGACGGAAAUGCUCUUUUUAUGGGCCAAGAGUACAUUGGCGCUUCAUUAAAGCCAACGGCGGAAGCGGAAAUAGCCGAGCGGCCAUAACAAGGAGACGCGUGUUUAUUGGCGCCGCCAGGUCAGAAAAACGCAAAAACGUAGAAACCCAAACUGCCAACUGCCAACUGCAAACUGCAACAUUCUGUACUACUUGUGCAAUACUUGUAUACUCCUGCUGCUUGUUUCUUUGACACUUUGGUCAAAUUGAAGUUUGCCACAUAAAUGACGAGACGUUCUUGCGUUUGGCACAACGCACCGCAAGCACGACUAAAUGACAGCCAUGCAGCUUUUAUUGCCAACAAGCGGAAUGCCAACAAAUACACUGGAAACCGAAACAACAGCCAUGCAAACGACAUAUUGGCCAAGACAAACCGGCAACAGCAAAAGCAAAUCCAACACCAAAUGCAAGUGCAACAUGAACACACAUCGAAAAUCACGGACGAGAUGCCCGGACAAUGGGAAAACGAUUUGGGCUGUCGGCUUCACGUUGGUCCUGUUGACUUGCCUGCAGCAACUGAAAUCGGUUUCGGCGGACGAGGAGUCGCAGGAUUUUCAAAAGAACAUACCCGCUCGAUUGGUUUGGGCCGCUUUGGGCAAAACGGUGGAGCUGCCCUGCGAUUUGACGCCGCCCACGUCGCAGGAUUCGGUGAAGCUGCUGCUGUGGUUCAAGGACACCACGGGCAUUCCUCUGUACAGUCUGGACUCGCGGGGCGGCAACGUGAAGUUGGCGCCACAUGCGGCAAUAGCUAGCGAUCUGGGGCAACGUCUGUUCUUCAGCAUCGGCGACAAUCCCAAGGAUUCCCGCCUGCAGAUCAACGAUGUGAAGCCGGAGGACGGUGGCGUCUAUCGCUGUCGCGUCGACUUCUUCAACUCCCCAACGCGCAACUUCAGGCACAACCUGACCCUAGUUGUGCCGCCCGAGGAGCCGCGCAUCUUCGAUGCCCAGGGCAAGGAGAUAUCCCAGAUGGCAGGACCCUUCCGAGAGGGCUAUGAGCUCUUUCUCUGCUGCCAAGUGAGAGGCGGACGACCCCCGCCCAAAGUCACCUGGUGGCGCGACGACACCGAGCUAAUCGGCACCAGUCACACAUCCGUGGAGGAGGGCGCCACCGUGAUGGUUAAUCAGCUGCUGAUUGGAACCACCACGCGGGACUUCUACGGAAUUCGCAUCGAGUGCCGGGCGCAGGGCACACGACUGGUGGAUCCCGUCCGCAAGGAUGUCACCGUGCAGGUUUACUUGAAACCGGUGCGCGUAAAGAUUGCAACUCCCAACGAACUGCUGACCGCUGGACAACCGAUGCCCAUACGCUGCGAGUCCUGGGGCUCGUAUCCUGCGGCCAAGAUCACCUGGCUGCUCGAUGGCGAGCCCAUUCGCAAUGCGGAGGUCACCGUGCACAGCGACAAGGAGGAUGGGAAUAUCACCACGAGUAUCCUGACAUUGAAGGUAACAUCGGAGAACGAUAAUGCCGAGCUGACGUGUCGCGCCACGAAUCCCUGGUUCUCCGGUGGCGCCAUCGAGGACAAGCGCAUCAUCCGUGUGGCAUAUCCACCCACGGUAUCGGUGCACUUGGCCAAUGAAGAUCCCAGCCGGCUGGUGACGCGGGCCGAGGGCCAGAAUGUCACUUUCAAGUGCCGGGCAGAUGCCAGGCCGCCGGUAACCAGCUACUCCUGGUUCAAGAAUGGCAUGCGAAUGUCGGGCGAGAGCACGGAAAUAAUGCACUUGACGCAAUUGGAGAGGGAAUGUGCGGGGGCGUACGCCUGCGGGGCCACAAACACGGAGGGCGAGACCCGGAGUUCGAGUCUCACUUUAAAAGUGCAGUUCUCGCCGCGCUGUAAAUCGGGCACCGAACAAACCUCCAUUGGAGCCGUCAGCCUUCACUCGAUCCUGGUCAAAUGCGAGGUGGAUGCCGAUCCGCCGGACUCCGUGCGCUUCAGUUGGACGUACAACAAUACCCGGAACGUGUCGCCGGUGCUCAACUCGAGGAUACAGUCGAACGGACUGGCCAGCACGGUGACGUACCUGCCCCAAACGGACUCCGAGUUAAUAACGCUGGCCUGCUGGGCCAGCAAUGCUGUGGGCCGCCAAACGACGCCCUGUCUGGUGCACAUCCUGCCGGCAAACACCCCGGAGGCACCGAAGGCCUGCGAAUUGCGCAACGACACCGUCCUGGAGGUGGUUUGUGUGGCGGGCAGUGACGGAGGACUCUCGCAGUACUUCAUGCUGGAGGUGGUGGGCGGUGACCCACUCUACUCAGGAGAUUCGGGUGGAUCGGCGGCCCAGGGACGUGGCCAGUUCAGCGAGGCCAUCGGCCUGGGCGACAACGAGAUAUCCACGCUCAACGAUCAGGCGACAUCUGCACCCAUCUUCCGCAUGCAGGAGAACAGUCCACAGUUUCGUUUGAAUAAUUUAGAGCCGGGACGUGAAUAUCAAUUUUUAGUUUACGCCGUCAACGCCAAAGGACGAAGCGAGCCGCCGGUGGUGAUUGAGAAUGUACGCGUGGCCGCCCAACUGGGACCAUAUGAUGAAUCCAUUCUGUCCGAGGACCCAACGCCCGCAGAAACAACACAUCAUGGGGGCGGCGGUGUGGGCGGCAGCGGGAGCUCCAGCGGCCUGGGCACCGGCGCCAGCACGGGCAGCGGCCCGGAGAAGCAAUCGACGCUGCUGAUACUCGCCGCCGUCGUGGUGAUAGGCGCCGUCGUGGUGACGUCAAUUAUCGUGGCCGGCAUCGUCGUGGUCUGCCGGCACAGGCCGCGGCCACCUGAGCCGCAGGAGGUGCGCAAGAGCAUGCGGCCGGCGAGAAACGAUGUGCCGAGCAUGUACAUCGAGGAGGACGAGCUGAACGAGCUGGAGGAGGGCGGCGGACGAGCGGCGGAGAUUAGGGCGCGUGUGGCCCCGCCCAAUUCGCACCUGUGCGGCGGCGGCGGGAUGCCGAUGCCCGGUGGCGUUGGGUCAAGUGGCGGUGCCAUUGUGGGCGUGGCCGGACCCCAUCACUACAUCUCCGAGAGCUUCAUUCAGUACGCGCAGCCCAGCCUAAACGGCGACGUGCUGCUGCCCCUGCUCGUUACAUCCAGCCAGCCUUGCAGCACUAACUCCACCAUCUCGAGCGUGGUCCUGGCCAUGCCCCAGGCGAAACUAUGUCCUGAUCCUGCGAGCCGAAACACUGCCUGGCCGCCCGAAUGUAUGCAAAUGUUGUGAAUCUGAAAAGCAAUAGAAAGCAACCAAAACCAAAUCAAAUCAACCAAACAAGCCAAACCAAACUAAUCGGUAUAAACAUUUUGCCUUUGUCUCUCGAUUCCCGGUUACACCCACACUUACACUCACUUACCCACACACACAUACACAUGAACUCAUUACUCACUCUCACAUGAAUUUAUGUCUCACCCACACAAACACACUCACACACUCACACCACUCACACUGCCAUCCUUUACACAUAUGCCAUUGUUGUUGAUUUUGUUUUAUACCAACCAACCAAAGUGUAUAUUGCAGACCCGGAUCUGAUAUUGCCGCGCGGCGAAUUGGAAUUUACGACCCUGGAUCCAACGCUGAAGUAAUUGUAAAAAGUAAUAAUAAAUAUCUACACACACACACACCCAUAGACACACACAAGCGGACUCACUCGCGGUGAGGCCUCAUAAUUCACGGGCAUUUCAUUAAACAUAGCUGUAAAUUUUUAGCAUAAAUUUAAAUGCAUUAGCGUAAAGGUAAAUCGUGUUGCGUAACGUUUAAGCGGAAAGGCAAAUAGAUAAGGAUAAACCAUUUUGUAAUUGUCAGCCAUUAAGUGUCAUUGAAACCGCUGAAGACGGAUGCAAAAUCAAAAAAAAAAAUAUAAAAUACGAACAUAAAUAUAGAAACCCAGAAGCUGCGCUAUAAAUACGCUACAAACUUGUAACUGAAAUCAAAAGUAUGAAACAUGUAAAUACAACACUCACUUCACGACACACACUCACACUCAUUUUGCUGUUGCACCAUCGACUGUACAUAGAGAAACGGGCAAACAUUAAUCAAACUGCAUUUAAAUGUUAAAUAUUAAUUGUAAUUAAUGAACAACUAGCCCGUAAGCCAGUAGUAGUUAGUAAGUAAGUAAGCCGUGUGUAUUGAAAGUGUAAUUAGACUCAUAGAGCCAACGGACUUUGCACCAGGUAUCUGUUAUCUGCAUCCGAUGUGUGCAAAUAUCUGGCCAUUUAUCCAUUAAUGUCUGCAUAGCCAUAUAGCAUUCAUUCAUUAGCUAAAGUUCAAGUCUGUCCCAUCCUGUUUGCUGUCCGAUCAUUUGAAAUAUUGAAAUGUUUCCAACAGCUAGCAGCAAUUCUGGGCCCUCGGCCCACCCACUUUUCCGCCCUGAUCCGGCACUUUCAGUCGCUAUUUAUGGCAAUUCCAUGAAUAUUCUAUUACCCCAAUAAGCCGAACCGACGGCAAAGAUGAAUAACAGCCGAAAAAAAACACGAAACACACAAAACAACGGCCAAGUGGGCCAUGCUAGAGUGCAUAAUGAAUAAAUGUCGAGUGAACAGGCAAUUCCCAGGAUCCUCAGCAAUUCCACUCACACAGGACUCACACAGGACUCCCCCACAACUCGAACUACAACACAAACUCGAAGUCAAACAAUAAAUGCGAAUUCAGUGUAAAUGUUAUAAAUAACUAAAGUAACCGAGCAAAGUACGACAUAAAAAUAAUAAUAAUAAUAAUAAUACGCCAUACACUUUACACAAUACUCCAAUGUAAUUCGAAUUCUAAUUUCAAAUAUACAAAACAUAAAGUGAAAUGGCAGACUAGCAAAAUAUACAGUGCGUAUGCGUAAUAAAAUAAAUUGAAAUUUAUAUAUAUAUACAAGUAUAUAUAGAUGCAUACAAAUGGAAACAGCCCGAAUGUCGUUCUCUGUCUCUGUCACUCUGAACAAAACCAAACUGAUUGUUUUUAAGCAAAGUUAGAUUUAUAAAUAAAUUAAAUUUAAAUGCGAAACGAGAAACGAGUAACGCAAACUUAAAAGUGAAAUACAUUAAUAACUAAGUCGAAA